GGGUCCACCCGGCCGCUCACGGUCUUGCACGCCGGGAGGAUGAUGUUGCCGCCGGCCACCGCCGCGAGGGAGAAGAGCAGCAGCAGCGGGACGGCACUAGCAGCAGGAACAGAGGACGCCAUUGUCGAUCGAUCUCGAUGCUCUGCAGGUGUAUGUGUUUAUGCGUCUGCAGGGAGAAGCACAUUUGAAACUGUCGUGAGUUUAGCAGAGAAGAAGAAAGAAAGGAAACGGCCAGCUAGACCCAUCAGAUCGAAAGAUAAGAUGAGUUUCAUCAUUUUGGGCUCAUUGGUCAUUGGACUCAAGUGUCAGUGUCUAGAUGGUCUUCUGAGUCUAUGGCUGGUUUUAGACUUCUUUUAGUUUGGGUUAGAGAUUCAAAUGUUCCUGACAAUCUGGCUGCACUACCCUGGUUUAUAAACUCUUGGCUCUUUGCUUAGUUCUGUGAUACAUUAUCAGGAUGUAAUACAUCAGGCUCAAAGUUGGGUCAAAGACGCUCUGACGCUACUCUCACAACACCAGCGGCUGAACUGACAAUUAGGCCUUAUUGUUACAUUAUCAGUUUCAACAUUGAGAAGAUUUGGGAGAUUCGUGGUCCUUCUGUUGGGGGAGUUUUGGUCAGGAAGCCUGUUGUUGAUGCCGCCCUAUGAGAUGGUAGCCAGAACAAGAGAUUGAGGGAUGAUCCUCAGUCUGCUGAAGGAAAUGCCCCAUCAGGGAACUUGCAUAGAGAUACAGUUAAGGAAGUGCGAUCUGUUGGGAUGGAGGAAGUGAUGUCAGGUCAGAAGGAGGGGGACAGGUUACAACUAAAUGGUCAUCAUGAUAAGCAGAAGUUGCUGGUUCCAUGAAUAAAGCUAUUCAAGAUAUGGGGAAUGCUUAGUUUGCUUAGGAUAUAUUCAGUAUUGAGGAUUUUGUGGAGGAGCAGGUGGGUUAUGUAUGAGCCUUCUGAUGAUCAAGUGGAUUAUGGUAAACAGUAUGGUCCCUGCACUCAGGAUAUUGCUGAACUCGACAGCAUGACAGUGUCCGCUUGAAAGGAAAUACAAGGAAUCCCAGGAACCUGAAAUGGAAGUGGCUCAUGAUGCUCAGGUUUACUCUGAACCCAAGAACACAUAUUUGGAUGCUGUUAAGAGUGGGCACAAGGUUCGUGUUGCUGAUAAGGUGCCAGAAAAGAAAACCAGAAUCCAAGAGGUGCCUAGUGAUCAAGAGAGGAGAUUCAGCUAGGCAGCAUGAAGCUCUUCCUCGGCAGAGCUUUGUUGUUCCUCUGAUCUCCGCUGAUCUUUUAUUUAGCUCUUGCGGCAGGAGCCCUCUGUGUGGACUGAGAUGGAGACUCUUCUGGUGAUGCCACUCCCACAGGUUCUUGUUUUGUUCUUCCUUCUCUUGCCACCGCUUGAGCUUGUUGCAUCUGCCAUCUCUGCCUCCUUCGUCACCAGUUCUGUGUCCAUCUCCUCCUGAGCAGCUUAACAGCGUCCACUUGGGGGCAGAGCUGCAGUGACUUUCAUCUCAAUCAGCUUCUCAGACUGCUGUCUGCUUCACCUUUCGACUUAGAGACUCAAACUCUUCCUUGGACAUUCUAAUAUUUGCUCUUGGUUCAGAGAUUGAGGCGCGGCAGCACUUGGAAAUGGAGUCAGAAACAUAUACAGGUCCAAUUUGGAGAAGACUCCCUUCACACUGAAGGUGACUUUUAGUCCUUUACACCUUCAUUCUUACAGUUUCAUGGUUGUGGUUGAUGGGAACACAUAAAAGUAAAGCAUUACUAUCACUUAUUUAGUUCGUGCACCAAUCACAUGUAUAAAAAAUCAGAGGAAAAAAAAGGUUCUGUAACAGUUACUUUUCUUUCAUAGCAAAGCUUCCCUUGAAGUAAGGUGUGUCUCUCAAGACGGUUCACCGCUAUUGAUUCUAAAAAGGCAUCUCAAAGAUUUGCUAAACAGAAAUAUGAUGAUCCAAGUUCUUUUACAAAGAUGCACUAUACUGCCUCUAGCCCCUUCCCUGUAUAGUUUUUUUUCCUUGUUCUUUUAUUUUUUCUUUCUUUUUUCGAGUCCCCUUGGGGCUCCUUUGUUGCCUGCUAGUACUUGCGCUUCUUGCGCCUUCUUCUUAACGAAAAAAACACACCGCUCGGCGUGUUUGAGAAAAAAAGGAUGCUAACCUUCCCCGAGGGCUAAACAACUCGAAAGAUGCUUAGGAUAUGUUAUCAUUUAAUUUUGGAUGUGCUAUUCGACCGGGUCUUUGUUGUCAUUGCCGGUACAGGUUAUAUGCAUCCCAUUAGCCAUUGAUUGACCACUGAUUUGUUAGUACUAAUUAGAAUAGAUUUGUUCAACUAUUAUUGGAGAACUCCGUACAUGGAUCAAAUUAUCUAUUCAGGAGAUGAGUUUCGCCAUGUGAAUACCUCAUUGAACAUGUCAAAGUUCAGCACACAUGCAGAUGCAGAGGGUUGGUGAGCAGGCCAGGGCACAGCGUCAUCUGAAACGAAAUUAGAGGCAGCCAUCUUACUGGACAGCGACAACUGUCUCCUGUUUGAAGCUUACCUUUUCCUUUUUGUUAGUUCCUUUUUUCUCAAGAUUCCUGGAAUGUCCCCAUCUGCCUCUUAUGUUCAUUGAUGAGCGUCAAACUCAGAUAGAUAAAACUCUUGGCACUGUUGGAAAGAUGCAUAUCUCACCUUGUGGACUUUUAAUUAGUCCUUGCCAGGUAACGAACUCCAAUUUAGUAGUCCUUCUCUUCUGCAGGAUAUUUCUUAAAAUAGUCUCAAGCUGCAUCUGCAUGAAGACGAGAAGUAUUCUAAAACGUUUGGACACCGAUGGUUGGACCAGUGAAUUUUGUUGUUGACUAAGAACCACACAAAGGGAGCAUCAGCUGGAAGAAGUUCAUUUGUUCCCCUAGCUAGCUCAGGUAAUCUGAACUCUCUUGUUUCGAGAGAAGCUCAGCUCAGCUCAGGUAAUCUUUGGAUGCAACCAUGGAUACUACGCCUCCCUUCUUCCUCCCAACUCUCCUCCUAGCUUUGCUAGCACUCACAGACAUAUGUGCCGCCGCGGCGGCGCCUCGAGGCGACAUCCUACCACUCAAGUCCUCCCUCACCGUCGAGGAGCACGACACCGACGCCGGCAUCCUGCGGUCACCGGACGGCACCUUCGCCUGCGGCUUCCAUGCCAUGUAUACCGGUGCCUUCACCUUCUCCAUAUGGUAUCAUCACUCCAACUCACUCAAUGAAACAGCAGUUGUCUGGAGCGCCAACCGUGGCCGGCCGGUGCUGUCCAGGAGAUCAUUGGUGACCCUGCGUGGUGACGGCACCAUGGUCGUCGCCGACCACGACGGCGAGGUGGUGUGGCAAACUCAGGGGGGGCUCCCAAACGUCAAGCACGCCCAGCUUCUCGACACCGGCAACCUCGUCCUGAGGAACACCACCGGCGACAUCGUCUGGCAGAGCUUCGACUCUCCGACCGACACCUUCCUCCCCACACAGCGGAUCCCUGCCAUGGCAAAGCUCACCUCCACCGCCGGUGGCGGCCAGCUGCACCUUCCUGGCCACUACACCUUCCGCUUCAGCGACCAGUCCAUCUUGUCUCUGUUCUAUGACGACGCCAACGUCUCGGACAUAUACUGGCCUGAUCCUGAUUAUGAGUACUACGAGAACAACAGGAACCUCUACAACAGCACCAGGAUGGGGAGCCUGGACGAUUCUGGCGAGUUCUUCGCCAGCGAUUUCGCCAGCCACCAGCCUCUUGUGGCCUCUGACAAUGGGCUUGGGAUCAAGAGAAGGCUUACACUUGAUCCUGAUGGUAACCUUAGGAUGUACAGCUUGAGCAGCAGCAAUGGAUCAGAUACAGAUUCAGACAGUACAACAUGGACGGUUUCAUGGGUUGCUGUCUCUCAGCCCUGCAUGAUCCAUGGCCUUUGUGGUCCAUAUGGGAUUUGCCACUACUCCCCUGCACCAACAUGUUCUUGCCCACCUGGCUAUGCAAUGAGGAACCCUGGGAAUUGGACACAGGGUUGCAAGCUUAUCGUUGAUACCAUCGGGUGUGGCAAAGGUGAAGAGGAUGUGCAGUUUCUGCUGCUUCCGGACACCGAUUUCUGGGGAUCGGAUCAGAGGCGCAUCGGGAAGGUGUCUUUGGAGACGUGUCGGAAGGCAUGCUUGAGUGAGUGCACCUGCAAGGGCUUUCAGUACCAACCAGGUAACGGCACAUGCUACCCAAAGAGUUUUCUUUUCAAUGGAAGGAGCUUCCCGACACCCACUGUACGAACAAUGUACAUCAAACUCCCUGCCAGCGUCAACAUCUCAAGCACCCCAAUCCCGCAGUCCAAUAUGCUCAGCUCCGAGUCUCAUGCCCUCAAGUGUGAUGAUCCUACGAGUGCAAAGACCGUAGAACCGGUGCGAGACGUCGUCGAGCGUGAAGAUGAUGAUGCUGGGGAGGAACCAAAAUGGGUCUACUUCUAUGGGUUCAUCGCUGCGCUCUUUGUCAUCGAGGUUUCCUUCUUCUCAUUUGCGUGGUUCUUCGUUCUCCGGAGGGAGUUCAGGUCAUCGCAACUAUGGGCAGCUGAGGAAGGAUACAGAGUGAUGACUAGCCAUUUCCGGAUGUAUAGUUACAGAGAGCUGGUCAAGGCAACUGAAAAGUUCAAAUAUGAACUUGGAUGGGGUGGUUCAGGGGUUGCUUAUAAGGGAACCUUGGACGACGAGCGAGCGGUGGUCGUAAAAAUGCUGGAAAAUGUAACACGGAACAAGGAAGAGUUCCAGGAUGAGCUCCGCGUUAUUGGCAGGAUCAACCAUAUGAAUCUCGCAAGAAUUUGGGGGUUUUGCUCAGAGAGAUCACAUAGGAUGUUGGUCUUGGAGUAUGUUGAGAAUGGUUCAUUAGCCAACAUACUGUUCAGCAACAAGAUCUUGCUGGAGUGGGACCAGAGGUUUAACAUUGCUUUAGGUGUUGCAAAGGGGCUGGCCUACCUGCACCAUGAGUGCCUAGAGUGGAUCAUCCACUGCAACCUCAAGCCGGAGAACAUCUUGCUGGAUCAGGACCUACAGCCUAAGAUCACCGACUUUGGGUUCGCGAAGCUGCUCAGCAGAUCAGGGUCUAACCAGAAUGUGUCGCAGGCGCGAGGAACCUUAGGCUACAUCGCUCCGGAGUGGGUCUCUGGUUUACCGAUAACAGCCAAGGUCGACGUCUACAGCUAUGGAGUCGUGCUUCUUGAGCUAGUAUUGGGGACAAGAAUUGUCGACUCCAUUGUGGGUUCGGAGGAGGAUGUUCAUGGUGUGCUCAACAAGUUUGUUCAGAUGCUUACUUACAGGUUGGAUGGGGAGGAACUACUGUGGUUAGAUGAGUUUGUGGAUUUCAGGCUGGGCGGCAAAUUCAACUGCCUGCAAGCGAAAGAAUUGAUCAGGAUAACUCUUUCAUGCCUGGAGGGGAACAGAAAGAAAAGGCCAACAAUGGAAUCGAUAGUAGAGAUCCUCCUGUCAAUUGAUGAAGCUGAAAUUUAGUGAAAGUGUGAAACAAUGGCAUUACGAAUGAAGUAUCUGUUUCAGUUUGAAGGCUAGGUGUAUCAUAGAAGUACGCAUAAUCAAUCAGUGUGUACAAUGUAUUUAGUUGUAUGUAGGUUGUUCCAUGCUAUGCAGUGAUUGAGUAAUGACAGUGUAUGUAUAUACUAGCGAUUCUUGCGUAUGUAUUCAGUCAUUUUUAGUAACUAUGAGGAUGCAUUUUUCUUUCUGAUAUCAGUAACAAAAAAAAGGUUAUUCCA